AUGGUGCGCAUCGCAGCAAGUGGCCAUGAGUGCACGCUCAUGGGCAUGCCUCUUGAGAUGCGCCGCAAGAUCCUGCAAGAACUUCUCACAAUUGACGCAAACCACAAGACCCUGAUUGUACCCCCAAGCACGUGUUAUGCCUCUGAGAGGUACAGCGAAAACGAGUACCAUGAGGCCGCUGUGAGACAACAACACACUUGCACACUCCACAGCGGUAUCAUGUCGACUUGCAAGCGAUUCUACGAAGAAGGGCGAGAGAUACUCUUCGAGGAGAACGACUUUGUCGCGAUUGUGGGAAAUCAAAAGCUGUUUUUUGACGCUAUGGCAAAGUGGAAUGUGCAUACGCUCUGGUACGACUUCUCCCCGAGCAUCACUAUCGCCUACAAACCAACCGCGGACGAUCCGAUGAUGCGAGGAGCACCAGUGCUGAUCCCUGCCCGACACCUCUCCUUAGCUGUUCUCGCCGUACUUGGGGUGCACCUGAGUCUCCCAGAGACCGGUCCCAUCGAGCUUUAUUUCCACACCAAGAAUGGAAAGAACAUAAUUGGUGGCAAACAACCAUUCACGGUGGAGGAGCUGCAAAAGAAGAUCUUCAUCUGGCUCGGCAAGUACUCAAGUGGCUUCAGAUGGUGCUGGAGUCCGGAGGCGCUUGACGAGCAAGAGAAGCAGUCUCGCGCCGAAACGGAAGCGAAAGUUCUCAGGGCCUUUCAGGAGACAAAAGCCUACUGCAGCAAGCAAGCCGUUGAAGAGAGCGCCAUGUACGACCACCUUAGGGGAUUUGUCGUCGAGAUGGACGCGUGCCUCGAUGAGGACAAGCAAGCAGAAGCCGGGGGCCAUCGUCGACAUAGCACCGUCGAAGGCUUAAGUCGGCGUACACAGUAA